AUGAAGAUUUAAUCAAACGUAUAAAUUAAUGUAAAAAAAUUUGUGAAGAAAUUUAAAGAUUGCAGGAGGAGAAUGAUAAUCUAUAAGUGGCAUUAGAAGCCGAAGAGAAACAUAAGAGUUCUCUUUAAAAACUAAAAUAAUCCAAAUAUAUAAAAGAUGGAAAUACGCAUAUACAAUUAUCACUUGAGCAUAACUAAGAACUUGAAACCAUUUAAAUUAAUUUAAUUUAUAAUUUUUCUGUUGAUAUCAAUUCUAAAACUAAAGAAUUAGAAAGUAGGGUGUUGUAUGAAAAGAUUAAAUAAGAUUAAGAUUAAAAAUAAAAAGAUUGCUAAAAGAGAAUUAAAAUUCCAUCUAUAGCAACAAACCAAAAAAUAUGAAUAAAGAGAAGGCAAAUUGUAAUUAUUUGAGUUAAAAGAACAAGAUAUAAAAAUACAAUAAAGAAAUUAGAAUUUGAUUUGUGAUCAAGCAAAUAACAUUUGUCGGAAUAAAAAAUUGUAUUAAUAAUGA